AUGUUAAAUAUUACUCAAGCAUUAAAAUAAAGUGUUUAGAUUGCUUUCAAAAAGGCUUUUGCUCGUGAUUAUGAAAUUUAAAUCCAAUUUCAGAAUUUAAAGUAUUCAACUUCAUGUCCAGCCACAUUUUCUGAGCAUUAUAAAAAUAAUUAUGUAAAACUGCAAAUCUAAUAGUCAUAGUAAAAAGAAUGGAAAGAAACUCUCCUUCCUAAAGAUGUUGCUUAAGAAAUCUUGGUUAAUUUUUCAUCUCCAAUUUGGAAUUAAAUUAAAUUGAUUUCGAAUAUAGAAAUCACUUAAAUGGGUUAUAUACAAUUUCAAAUAAACAAAUAAUAUUAUGAUCAAAUAAUAAAUCUCAUUGAAACAACAUAAUGGCCAAAUCUUACUCCUAUCUACAAUACAACCAAUAUUUAUGGCCCAUUUGUUAACUUAAAUGGAAUUCUAAAUAAAACUGAGUAAUUAUCAAAUUUUUAUUUUAGUUUGAGAGGACUUCAUAUCCGAAAUAGAUUGUAUAGUAUUUUAUCUAAAUUAAGUAAAAAUUGUUAUAAAUUUAAUAAUAUAAGUAAUUAAAUUACUAACAAUGAUUAUUUGAUUCUUCCAGCCAAAGUAAUUAACACUUAUUAUUAGAUUUGUUUGCAAAUCCAUUUAAUCCAUUUCAUUGGGGUUACAAUUAAGUCUUAAAUGACUCUCUACACUUUGAUUCCAAAGAUCCAUUGAUUCCUAUCUAUGGAAUUGAUGAUGUAGAACCUCUCAUUCCAACUGUUGAAUUAAUUGCACAUUAUCCUUAACUCUUAAUUGAAUGUCUACAAAAUAAAUCAUUCAAAUUAUUAUAUCAAUUUGAGUUAACUUAUCCAUAAU